UUUUUUUUUUUUACUCUUUUUCUGUUUAUUGUUAUGUUUGGUUGUAUUGCUGCUGGACGUUUGGUACAAACUAACUUGCAACAAGUGGACGUGAAUAAAUACGUGUUUGAACUUUCUGAUGCUCAAAACAUAAAUCACAUUGUUGUGUUCUUACUUGGCACGAUCCCUUUUGAACCUGGUUAUGCAGCCACUGUUCAUUUACUCUGGCCAAACAAAGAAUGGCAAAUGUUGGGAGGAUUGUCCAAUGAGAAACCAAGUGCUAUUUUUCGACUCAAGACAAAAGAAUCGGCUGUUACUGCACAAGUCUCCACACCAGCUACCCUCGGUAUUUCAAUUGAACCCAUACAAGUGGUAGAACAAGAGAUCGCUACAUUACAAAGUGCCAAUAUGUCAACUGCACUGAUGAAGACAACCGCCAAUGUAUCUCAAGUAGGCCAAGUGGCUGGCAAAGUGCUGGAAAACCUGUAUAAUUAUGUCACCUCAUUUACUGUUCAAACCAUGCCUGUCCAUGCUAUUCCUUUGGGUCAGUUGACAGAGAAUGGUUAUUUACCCCUCAAGACCUUUCAGACAUGGUAUGAUAACCUGUCUCGAAAGUUAGCCACCAAUCCUAAUUAUCUAGACACUGAAAAAUCAGCUUAAAAAAAUAUAUUUAUUCUUGUUCAUCCA